CCGUCGGCGUUGCUCCCUUGCGCCGCCCAACCUCUCGUGGUUGCUCGUAGAACGUAGAUGCUCCUGACCGGAGUUGGCAUCUGGGGCGGAGCAGCUGCGGGAUGCCGAACAACUUCACCGCACAUGACGGCGGUUUUGGCGCACCGCACCCGACCCUGUUCGGCAAUGGCCGCAUCCAUCCGUUGGAGAUGCCCUGACACAACCUAGCCCCCAACCAGUCAGAUCAACUCUCGAAUCCCACUAAACAGAGGAUCGCCGUCGCUCGUCGCGACCGAAGAUGCAAUACGAUCACCUCUUCUCGUACACCGUCAUCGGCGACCCAGGCGUCGGGAAGUCGUGCCUGGAGCAGCAGUUCACGGCCAGGGCGUUCCCGGAGGCGCACGAGCCCACCAUCGGCCUCGAGUUCAGCACGCGCACCAUCACCGUCCACGGCAAGCGCAUCAAGCUUCACAUCUGGGACACGGUGAGAGGAAGAAGAUUUCUGCCCUGGCUGGCCACGAAUCAUUCGUAUCUGCUGUUGACCAAUGCUGCUUGUAUCAUUUUGGUUUAUGAUAUCACAAGGAGGGAGACUUUUGAUCAUAUUGCUGUAUGGCUAUCAAGAGCAAGAAAGCUAUCGAGAGCCGGCGUGACAUUGGUUCUGAUCGGAAACAAAUGCGAUCUGUCUCACAUGCGUGCUGUCGGCUAUGAGGAAGGGCGAAAGUUCGCCAAGAGGCACAAUCUGGUGUUCAUGGAGGCCUCUGCAAAAACCGCACAAAAUGUCGAGGAGGCAUUCGUUGUGACCGCCGAAACAGUAUACAAGAAAGUCGAAGAUGGUGUCAUUGACUUGUCUGAAAAGUUUGUUGGAUUCCUUCAUCGGCGUGAGAACAUUGCACCAAGCGAAUCAGGAUGCUUGGUGUUGUGCUACUAA